AUGCUUCACACGGAUUUUGGGUCAUUUGUGAGAGUCGAGAGUUGCUAUGACAUCGAUCCCCCUUUCUCGUUGCCUAACCAACCAUUACCGGCAGAUAUGACCAAAUCGCCAAGGCAGCUGAGCGAAUUUGUGUCCCAGUCAGUCGACAAGACGAGAGAGGCCGUCUCGCCCGGCAGCCCCAUUGACCCCUGCAACCGGUUCGAGGGUAACUCGGUGUUCGCCUUUGACCCCAAGCCCAGCGUGGCGGGUCAAGAUGGCGACGCUCGUCUGCGAGACGCCGUCCGGCCGAGGCGGAUGGAGACGGAGGCCGAGCCGACGACAAGGUCUGGCGAAGCCGGCAAAGACGACGGGUCGCUGCAAGCCGUCUCCGCCGGCAAGCCGGUCAUUUCCUCCUCCAUCCCCUCCUCGGUCUCCUCCUGCGUCUCCUCUUCAGUCUCCUCUUCGUCGUCGCCACCCAUCCCGCCCGCGGAAGUGUGGCCCAACGAUCUUGUCUACCUGGUCGCCUCGGCCUGCCCGGGCUCGUUGCCGUCGGUCAGUUCGGCCGAGAUGAGAAGUUCACCCGUCGUGGCGCCAGUUCUCGACUCGACCGGACAGCCUCAGAACCCCGGCUCGGACGGACUCGGCGAGGCCUGUCUCACUAGCCUUCAAGAGCUACAGGCCGCCGCGGCCCACUACGCCGCCGUGGCGGCUGCGGCCAGCGCGAUCGGGGCCCGACAACUGCUGCCCCUGCCCGAGCAUCUGCACCAUCUGCAUCAAGUGCAUCAGUUGCACGGCCUCCAGACCUACACCCAACCGCAACCGCAACCGCAACAGCAAUCACUACCACAACCCCAACCCCAACCCCACCACCACCACCACCACUACCAUCACCACCAGCUGGAGCGAAAGGCUUUCUCCUCCUCCUCUUCCUCCUCUUCUUCCUCCUCCUCCUCCUCUUCCUCGACAUGUUCGCCGGCUCCGCUGGUCGGUCUGGCGGAGGAUGGACAACGUCUCAUGGAGCUGGCACUUCGAGCCGCGGUACCAGCUGCCCGAGGCGAUCUCGCGCCACUUCUCGCCCCGCCGCCUUCGGCCCACACACUCGGUACGGAUGGUCUGUCGUCAAGCGCGACGACCAGCAGUCUGGCGGCCGAAUAUGCAGCCGCCUCGAUGGUCUCUGCCUACUUGAUGGCACAGAAGGUCCACGGAAACGGAGAGCUACCCGCCAUCACGACCGCGCCGUUGCCUUCAAUCCUGUCGCUGCCCAGGCCGCUGGUGGGCAACCCGAAUUUGACCCUUCUUCCCGCGGCACAUGCC